CGUGGUGGGUGUGUCUCCUACGUCGCGACCGGCUUCUGCGCCUGCCCAAAGCGCUAUGGAGAGAGAGGCGGGGCUUGGCUUCGGGGUGUGGGCGGAAAUUGCGGAGAGCAUCGCGAGCUUUGCGGAGCCUAACGCUCCGUCGGCCCCGCCCAAAGGCGGAAACAGCCUAAGAAGCGCCGGAAGUGGCUGAGCUGCGGCUGGCUUGUGCCCGCGCCUGGCGCCCCGCGCCGGUUGCCAUGGAGCCGGCUGGGCCCUGUGGUUUCUGCCCGGUAGGGGAGGCCCAGCCGACUCGCUACACCUGCCCUCGCUGUAAUGUGCCCUACUGCUCACUGCGCUGCUACCGGGCGCAUGGCACCUGUGCCGAGGAUUUCUACCGGGACCAGGUUCUGGGAGAGCUCCGCGGUCGCAGCGCCUCACCUAGCCGCCUGGCAGGCGCCCUACGCCGGCUGCGUGAGCAACGCGAGGCCGAGGACGAGCCCGAGGAAGCUGGCCUCCGCCCUGGCCCUGCCCCCGGCGGCCUUUCAGGACUCUGGGAACGACUUGCGCCGGCCGAAAAGGCGGCCUUCGAGCGACUGCUGAGCCGCGGGGAGGCCGGGCGACUGCUGCCCCCAUGGCGGCCUUGGUGGUGGGGCCGCGGGGCCGGGCCGCUGCUUCUGGAGGAGCUGGAUGGUGCCCCCGGCAGUACCCCCGCGGAGCUGGAGGCCGCUCCUGCGAGGACCGCGCCGGAAUCCGGGAAGGACGCGGCCCCUGGAGACGCCCCGGGGACUGGCCCGCCCGCCGUGCCUCCCCGCAUCCCCGCGCUGGCCAGCCUGAGCCGCUGCCCCGUCUCACCACUCGUGCGCUACCAGCUGCCCAACGUGCUGUUCGCUUACGCACACACUCUUGCCCUGUAUCACGGCGGGGACGACGCGCUGCUCUCUGACUUCUGUGCCACACUGCUUGACGUUUCUGGAGCACUGGGCGCCCAGCAAGUCUUCUCCUCUACGGAGGAAGCUCUGCAGGCCGCAGCCCACGUGCUGGAAGCCGGCGAGCACCCACCUGGGCCCCUGGGAACACGGGGUGCUAUGCAAGAGGCAGCCCGCAUCCUGCUGGGACAAGGUCCGACCAACCAGAAAGGCUACACACUGGCAGCGCUAGGGCACCUGGCACAGAGCCUAGGCCGGGCGCGCAAACAGGCUGUGGCUAAGCAAGAGCGAGAUCGCUUCUACCGGGCCCGGAAGAAGUGCCAGUUCCUACUGGCCUGGACCAACGAAAAUGAGGCUGCCCUCACACCCCUGGCUCUAGACUGCGCCAGUGCCUAUCGGGCCCAUACUGUGGCAGCUGAAGAAGUGGCAGCCCUCACUGGGGAACUGGAGCGGCUUUGGGGAGGCCCCGUGCCACCUGCCCCAAGGACUCUCAUUGAGGAACUCCCUGGCUGAAUCGAGGACCCUUAUCGUAAAUAAAGCUGUG